UGCCAGCUUCUGUUGUCAGUGAGGGGACUAAGUUAGAUAUAAAGUCUAGGAUUACAAGCCAGGUUUUCGCUAAAGGCUUAUAUCUCACUAGACAUGGACCAAUCUGAGUGGAUGUACACGGAGUUCACCUUGGAUGGUUUUCAGGACAUCUUUAACUCCAGUCCAAGUUGGGACUAUUUCCCAAACACCAGCGACAAAGACCUCACUAAAGCCUAUGUUAACUGUGCCACCUUCAAGGCUGCAUCGUUUAACAGAGUCUUCCUUCCCAUCUUCUACCUUGCCAUCUUCUUUGUGGGACUGUUGGGGAAUGGAAUAGCAGUAGCUGUUUUCCUGAAGAACAGAAAGACGUUGGCCAUGACCGAUACAUACAUUCUCUACUUGGCAUUCGCUGAUAUUCUCCUGGUGGCCAGUCUGCCAUUCUGGGCUGUGGAGACAGUCAAGGGUUGGGUCUUUGGGUCAAUGGCUUGUAAAGUAAUUGGAGCAAUGUUCAAUAUCAAUUUUAACAGCGGCAUCUACCUUCUGGGUUGCAUUAGCUUUAAUCGUUACCUUUCCAUUGUACACGCAGUCCAGAUGUACAAAAAGCGCAGGUCUUUGUCAGUGCAUAUCAACUGCCUUGUUGUUUGGCUCCUCUGUGUCCUUUUAGCAAUCCCUGAUUUCAUAUACUUGACAGAAUCACAUCCCAGUGGCAUUUUGAAAUGCCACUAUGACUUUGAUGCCAACACUGCCAAGGCUUGGAUGGUGGGCUUACGAUUUUUCUACCACAUCACCAGCUUCCUUGCACCGUUGACAAUAAUGUCGUACUGUUACAUUAUGAUUAUCAAAACCCUACAUGGAUCCCACAACAUACAAAAGACCAAGGAACACAGAGCCAUGAAGGUCAUUGUCAUGGUUGUGGGCGCCUUUUUCAUCUGCUGGGUCCCUUACAACGUGGUCCUCUUCACAGACACCCUGCAGAGGUUGGGCUUCAUAGCCAGGAGCUGCGUCUUUGAAUCUAGGUUGGACAUUGCCAUCUCCAUCACAUCCAAUCUGGGCUAUUUCCAUUGCUGUCUCAAUCCAUUUGUGUAUGCUUUUGCUGGAGUAAAGUUCAGGAGAAACCUGCUGCAGAUUUUCAGUGCUAUCGGCUGCAUCAGUCCAAAGACUGUGAAGAAAUACACCAAACCGGGCAGCAGACUGUCUACAUUGACAUUAUCAGAGUCAGGAGAUACUUUGAACUCUGGAAUCUAAGGUCUUAAUUAAAAUUGGAUUCAUGCCUCUGAAUUACGCUAUCAACUGCGAAUCAAUGUGCAGUAAAUUUCAUCUCUGAAUCAGAAUUCAAAGCCACCACUGGAGAUGAGAGAGUAUUGUCUAAACUAAUAAUCUAGUGCACUGGCCCUUAAUGUAUUUUUACCACUAGGCGAUAGAAAAAAACUUCAGUUCAAUCCCAUUUACUUACUGUUAAUGCACCUUGUGAAUAUUGCUUCAAUGCAGCCUGGAAUGCACCUUUAACCACCAAAGCAUCAACCCAGUGUAAUAUAGCUCACCAAGGUUAGAAGAAUUAAUCUCAAAUUGUGUUAAUGGGCUUUUCUUACAGUUCAACUCAACAAACAAGGCUACUAUAAUGAACAUUUUAUCAAUAGGUUGCCACGUUCUUUAUGUAUUCACAUGAAUAUUAAAGUAAUGAUGACACUGCGCAUAACUUCCUAAAUAAAAACCGAAAGAGCAGCGAUGCUGUAAAUAAGGGGCAAAAACAGAAUUGCUGGAAAAGCCCAGGUUUGGCAGCAUCUGUGAAGAAAACAUUAGAGUUAACGUUUUGGGUCCAGUGUUCUGAGGAAUGGUCACUGGACCUGAAACGUUAACUAAGGUUUUUUUUCACAGAUGCUGCCAGACGUGCUGAGCUUUUCCAGCAACUUCUGAUUUUGUUGCCCAUGAUUUCUUGAUCGGAAUUUUUAGUUGAGGCUCAAUACUAAGAAACAGAUUGGGAAAUUUGGACCCCAACAAAUAAUGAUGAAAAGAACAAGGAUUUGGUCAGGAUCACCUGAAAGGGACAAAAACGUUAAUAACAGAGCUAACGUGACUUUAUAAAUAAAAAGUCAAAAACUGACCCUUCAAGCCCAUAAAAAGCAGAUGUAAAGUAAGACAACUUUAUCAGCUCUCUACAGCUAAAGAAGGAAGACAAAAGAUUCAUUUUACUUCAGUAUUGACAGACACAUCAGAAAGAUACUGAAUCCUGGCCACUUCAUUGGAGCAGACAGAGAUAAUUAAUGCAAGUAAAGAUCAACAAGAAAAUGUGGGAAAGGAAAGCUAAGGCGAAAAUGGUCGAAGGAUAUCAUGCAAUGGAUGCAAAUGGCCUGAGUGGAAUGUAUAAGGACAGAGCGGGAGAUCCAAGCAGUGAACCGUCUAGGAAGAUAAUAGCAUCAAUGAAUACACAAAUUCUGACCAAAGACCAAGUCAGACAGAAGCAUGCUCAUCAGAGAGAGUGUGAACAGAAGUGAAACCCAGAAACAUUCAGAGCACUCACUCACAUUCAGAUUAGAAAGAGAGAACUGGCAUUACAUAUGGGGCUAAUUAUUUAAUGUGCACUCAUUUCAAUGGAUGAAGUUUGAGUCCCGGAAAUCUAAAGACAUGCAAAGCCAAUAACAGCAAAUAAUAUCACAGCACCUUUAACAAAGGUAUUGAACAGAAGCAACAGGGCAAAUAAACAGACCCCAAACCAUUGAAGCAGAUAUUAGAAAGGGUGGCCGAAAUCAUUGUCAGACAGCUGGACUUGAUGAUGUGAGUUAUUGUGGACAGGAACGUGGAAACGUGGGAGAUUUUGAGGAGGAAAUGCCACAACAUGGAGCCUGACCAUCGAUAGAGGCAAUG